UUAAGAGUUAAUAAUAAGAGAUAUGUACAACUGGUAUGAUGAUUUAGAAUUGACUAUAUAUAUAUAUAUAUAAUAUAUGUUCAUAUUUUGAUGUUAUAUAAUAUAUUCAUUUUAGCUCAAACUUUUACAAAACCGAAGAGCACACAAACCUAGAAUACCCCUAAUCAACCAUCCUAAAAAUCUAAUUAAAAUAGUAAUAAAUUAGAAAACACACCCUUACUAAGGGUUAAUAAUAAAAAAAAAUACUCUUAGAGUCUCAGAUCGACUGCCAAAUAUCUUCUAAAUUAAUUGGCGCAAAUCUACAAUUUUCAGGGCAUGGCAUGAUGGCACUUAAUUACUUUCUAUGUGCCACACUUGCUGGAAAUUUCCAAAAAAUUGUACAUUAAUCUUAAAAGAUUAUUCAAACUUUUAAUAAUAAAGAAAAAAAAAUUCUACACUUCAAAAAUCCUAUAUAAACAUGAGGCACUAACCUUCAAAAUACCAAACAACCUAGUACUUUCCAAAUAUAUCCCAUUUUUACCACUUCAAUUAGAAAAAAAACAUAUACCAUUUUAAGAGCUGAUAAAAAUGGCUAGUGCAAGUGCAACCUCUGCUUCUCAACCUAUUGCUUACUUUCAUCCAACCCAUUGGGGUGACCAGUUCCUACAAUUCACUCCUCUCGAUAAUGUAACCCAACUUGAAAAGGAGCAAGAAGUUGAGCAUCUGAAAGAGCAAGUAAGGAAAGAGCUACUUGCUAGAGUUGCAACUACUGUUGACAAGCCUUUGGAGCUGCUGGAUUUCAUCGAAGAAAUCGAACGUCUCGGGUUGGCAUACUUCUUAGAGAAGGAGAUUGAGGAAUCUUUAGUUCAAGUCUAUGAAAACUACCAUGACCAAUGUGACAUAGAUGAUUUGUACCAUGUUGCCACCCGGUUUCGAAUCCUAAGGCAACAUGGUUAUCGUGUGUCUAGUGAUGUUUUCAAGAAGUUUAAGAAUGAGCAAGGAGGCUUCAAGGAUUGCAUACUCAACGAUGUUCCGGGGCUCCUAAGCUUGUACGAGGCAUCGUAUGUUCGUAUCCAUGGAGAUGACAUCCUAGACGAAGCAAUCGUUUUUACGACUACUCAUCUUAAACUUAUGGUAGAUAAGUUAAGCUCUCCUUUGGCCGAACAAGUUGCUCAUGCCCUAGACCAACCUCUUCACUAUGGCUUUGUUCGACUAGAGUCAAAGCAUUACAUCGGAUUUUACGAACAAUAUCCUUCUCACAACAAAACUUUGCUCAAAUUAGCUAAGUUAGAUUUCAACUUACUCCAAUUGUUGCAUAAACAAGAAUUCCAAGAUAUUUCCAGUUGGUGGAACGAUUUUUACCCAAAGGUGCCAUUUGUAAGAGAUCGAUUGGUCGAGGCAUACUUCUGGGUAUUGGGAUGUUACUAUGAACGUGAAUAUUCAUCUGCAAGAAAAACAUUCAUCAAAAUAUUCAUGAUUGUGCAAGUUUUUGACGACGUAUUUGAUGCAUAUGGUACCUAUGACAUUCUAAAACUCCUUGUUGAAGCAGUUAAAAGGUGGGACUAUAGCUACAUAGCAAAAUUGCCAGAAUAUUUUGAUUGUUGCUAUCAAAAGCUUCUUGAAACCGUAGAUGAAGUGGAGGACAAACUAGCUAAAGAAGGAAGAUCACAAGGUGUCGAAUGUUAUAAAGAAAGGAUGAACCGUGUUUGUGAGGCAUGGCUUGAAGAGGCAAAAUGGUGCGGCCAAAGGUACAGCCCAGGAUUCGAAGAGUAUGUAGGAGUGGCUAAGAUCUCGAUUGCCCAAAUUCUAGGGUUUGUUUCAUCAAUGCUUGGCAUGGGACCCGUUGCAACCAAUGAAGGAAUUGCAUGGGUGUGCCAAGAACCUAUGCCUACAUUGGUAGAUGCUUCACAUGUGAUCUUUAGGCUCAAAAAUGACCUAGGCAGCACCGAGUUUGAACAAAACAGCAGAACUCAUGUUGUGUCGUGUAUCCAAUGCUACAUGAAGGAACAUGACGAUGUAGAUGAGGAACAAGUUUAUCAAAUCAUAGAGAAGAAAGUGGAUGAUGCAUGGAAGGACUUUAACCAAGCAUUGCUUCGACCAUAUGUUAUCCCAAAACCUUUGAAUGAUCGAAUUCUCCACCUUACUCGCGCUGUAAUGGUUUUCUACAAGGACAGAACAGAUGGCUACACCAUUGUCAAUAAGAUCAUACAAGAUAAAGUUGCAUCAGUCCUUGUUCAUCCUAUCCCAAUGACAUAAUCACAAGAUUAUUAUUAUGACUAUAUGUUUUAUUUGUUUUUCUGAAUAAAGAUGUGUUUUACGCCUUGUAAGGUGGAAGGAUUUUCCUGGUUUUAAUCAGGAAAUCCUUUCGUUUAUUAGCUGUAUGACGAAUAAAUUUCGCUUGCCUUUUGGCGUAAAUAAAUUACUUGAUGAAUUUAUGUAUUUCCUUUGUUCUUUAAAUAAUAUAACUAUA